AAGCCAUCCGACCGACUUUACGACGAUGUCCCUGUACAACGUUACAUUACUGGGACUGAAUGAUGGUACUUUUUACCCUCUUCACAUUUCCGCCAUCGUCUGCAUGACGUGCAGUUUCCUUGCUUCCUUCGUCGUGACUGCUCUAUCGUUUAAGACUCACAAGAAAGGUUUCUACCUUUGGCCAAGGAGCGAGCGAUUUGUGGUGUACCUGGCGUUGUGUGAAGCUAGUUUUAAUUUUAUCCACAUGUUUGACCAUGUUACCAUGGUAACAGAGAGGGACCAUGUCCGCCCUCUUGAAUUGUGCCAAUUUUACGCAUUUCUGAUGGUGCUUUUGGUGACUACUAAGAAUUUGAUUUUGGUCAUUAUAGCCAUAAAUGCGUUUCUGUUGAUUCGCUUCCAGCGUCAGAUGGAGUUUGGGGCCAAGGAUUGGAGGCUGUUUGCGGUUACAUUGGGAGUUCCCUCUUUGUACUGUACUGUGGCACUGUCCUUCCAGCAGCUUGGACCGGCAGGUGCUUUCUGUCUAGUGAUACCAGGAAUAUCAACUUUUCUUAUGACAAUAAUUCCCUUUAUCCUUAUCUUAUUGGUCAACACAACACUCUACUCACUCACGUGGUUUCACAUAAGAAGAGAUGCUCAACAAAUCAGAAGUGUAAUUGGUGCGCAGGCGCAGUCUAGUACUUCCUAUAUUCAAGCAGCCAAGACGAUGACGAUGUUUAUCACAGUUUUUACAAUUCAGUGGUGGGCGGUGACAGUGUACGGUAUAUGGCAAAUCAUAUCACAUGACGUGCCAUCCAUUGUGUACAUUUUUGUUGUUAUUUUUACCAACAUUGGAGGAUGCCUGAAUCUGAUCGUGUUUAUAUCUAUUCAGAAAAAGCGCAGACGGAUUGUCCCACUUGAUACCAAAGUUCAAACGUCACGUCUACCUGUAAAUCUGAACCCGUUUCAAGUGAACGCCAAUUUCACGUCAGAGAAGGUGAAAGCACAGAAUACAAACUCUACAGGUAUUAACACAUCCACAGAAAGGAUUGACCGCCAUUCGAUCGCAGAUGCCACUGUUUGAUGCCGUCAGUGAUUUUUUUUUUACUUUUUUCCCUGAAAUAUUUUGUCGAGUGAGAAUGAAUUUCGAUUCUUUCCAUGUUUAAAUGUGCAUAAUAUGUCAGUCUUUCAGUAUUUUCUUGUUUUCAUAACAAAGAGGUUGAUUACAAGAUUAAGCACGCCCU